GCGUGCUUCGAGCGCCACCUGCGCAUGCGCGCGCCGCUGUUCCCUCAGGAGCUGCGCUGAAUCCCCCAUCAUGUGUGCCAAUGCAAAGAGAGUGACUGCAUUUGCUCGAGUCAAGCCCACAGCUGAAUUUCCUCAAGACAUGAUCAAGAUUGGGGCAGACAAUAAGACUAUAGAGGUGUACAUUGAGAAAGACUGCUCAGAAGGUGUUGUCAACAACAAGCAGACAGACUGGUCUUUUAAACUGGACGGCAUUCUUCAUAAUGCAUCUCAGGAUGUAGUUUAUGAUGCAGUAGCCAGAGACCUGGUGUCCCGAGGACUAAAUGGAUAUAACGGCACGAUAAUAUGCUACGGGCAAACUGGAGCGGGCAAGACCUUCACCAUGACAGGAACAACGGGAGACUACAAGCACCGCGGGAUCAUACCCCGGGCGAUACAGCAGGUAUUCAAGUCCAUGGAAGAACAUGGUAGUCAGUUCAUCACUGUUCAGAUUUCUUACCUGGAGAUCCACAACGAGAACAUCUUCGAUCUCUUAUCUACAACACCCCCGGACACUGCCAACAACACACCUCUCUAUGUCGUGGAGGACCCCCAGGGGGUCUCCGUCAAAGGCCUAACGAGGCACGCUGCCACCACCGAAGAAGUUGCUUUAAAUCUCCUGUUUGAGGGAGACACCAAUAGGUCUGUCGGCCAGCACACGCUGAAUAGGCACUCCUCGCGGUCCCACUGUAUCUUCACCAUUUAUAUCGAGUGCCAUUCCAGAAUCCUUUCAGAUUCCAAGUACGUCACCUCGAAAAUUAACCUGGUGGAUCUGGCAGGCUCGGAGAGGCUGGCCAAGACCAAGUCAGAGGGGUACGGAUUGAAAGAAGCCACCUACAUCAACAAGUCCCUGUCCUUCUUUGAGCAAGUCGUCCUAGCCUUGUCGGAGCGUGGCCGGGAACACAUCCCCUUCCGCCAGAGCAAGCUCACCCACACCCUGAAGGAUUCCCUAGGUGGGAACUCCUAUACCGUCCUCGUGGGCAACAUCUGCAGUGAAGCCGUUCACGUUGUGGAGACGCUGUCCACGCUCCGCUUCGCUGCCAGGAUGAAGUGGGUGACGACGCGGCCGGUCAUGAACGAGAAGAUCGACUCAGAGCGGAUGGUGAAGAAUCUGGAAAAGGAGGUCCUGUACCUGAAGGAGGAGCUGGCAAUGCACAACAGCCUGCUCAAUCGCCCGGCGGUGUCAUACGAGCCCCUCAACGAAAUCCAGGUGGCGGAGAUCAACUCUCAGGUCCGUCGGUUCCUUGACGGAACGAUAGACGAGCUUGAUGUUCUGAGCCUCAGGCAACUCCACGAAGUGUUUAACCAGUUCAAAAUGAUUUUGAGCCAGCAAGAGCAGGAGACGGAGGCCAGGCUGCGGAACAAAUAUACCCUGAUAGACAAGAGCGACUUUGCAACCCUGUCUGCUGCACAGAAGGCAGGGCUUGUCGAUGCAGAGGGUCACCUGGUCGGGGAAGUCGAUGGACACGGGUUCGGCAUCGGGGUCGCGCCAUUCUCGGCGAAGCCCGGAGGGAAGAAAGUGAAAGCCAAGAGAGGCAGGGAGCUGCUCAGCCCAACCACACGGAAGGAAGGCCUGGCAAGCCCCGUGUCUGUGAAGGACCUGGACACCGUCUCGCUGUCACGCAGCCAGGUGGUGGCAGCCUCCAAGGACCAGGACGUGAAGGAUCAGGACGCCCUCAGCCUCGAGACGCAUCGCACCGAAUCUGUGCAGAAGGAGGACUCCAGCACCAGGCCCAGUUCCCCACCAGCCAGGGAACAAGCCUUUGAGGACUUCAAGAACGAGCGCGGAAGCGAGAUCAACCGAAUCUUUAGGGAGAACAAAACCAUUCUGAACGACCGCAAGAAAAAAGUGACGGAGGUGGCCCAGAGGAUUAACCAGCUCAAGCAGGCGAUGGAUGUCACCCGGCAGGCACUGGAGGCCCAGAAGGCUGAGCGGGAGCAGCAGGGGGAGUACCUGAGCGAUGAAGGACAAAUCAUCAUAGACGAAGAAGAGUUCCUGCUGCUCAUGAAGCUGAAGGAUCUGAAGAAGCAGUACCGGGUGGAUUACAACGGCCUGCGGGAUCUCCGGGCCGAGGUCCAGUACUGCCAGCACCUGGUGGAUCAGUGCCGCAACAGGCUGGUCGCAGAAUUUGAAAUCUGGUACAACGAGUCCUUCCUCAUCCCGGAGGAGGUCCAGGAGGCCCUGCGGCCCGGAGGGGCCAUCCGACUUGGCAUGAUCCCAAUCAACCGGGUCCUGACGCUGGAGGAAGACGAACAGGAGAGGUUUGACCGGAUGCAGCAGGAAGUCCUGCCGUUCUGCCCCGCUUCUGUCUCCUUCUACAAUGCCAAAGCAAAGGUUGACCGUAAGCACAAGUACUCCCGAGCCUUGACUGCCCUGGAGCAAAUGAGGAAGAAGCCCAGCUCUGUCCAAGCUGCCGUGAAGAACAAGCCCCCGUCAGUCCUGGACAUCAUGUAGCAGGGCCACUGCGACGGUUGCCUCGUUUUCUCCUUCCACAAGUGGCAUCAAGCGAACAGACGUCAAAAUACAAGUCCAAAAAGCGCCCCUUUUCAGGAUAGGUAGCAUCUUAACUCUCUGGAGGAGGUUGAGAAUUAUUACAUUAAAAAUCAAACCUUGUUUCA